GAUAUCCUUUUCCUCUUGUUUUUUGCAUGGCAGUGUCACAUUCACACUUGAACAUUUCAAUUCAAUGGGAAAGAAUAAAAAAGUUGAACAAAACAAGUUAAUAGUUGUUGAAUUCAAGGUUUCAAUGCAUUGCAACGCCUGUGAAAGAACCGUUGUAAAAGCCAUCUCUAAGUGUAAAGGAGUGGAAAAGUUCAUUACUGACAUGAACCAACACACGGUGGUGGUAACGGGUCGAAUCGAUCCGAAAAAAGUAUUGAAGAAAUUAAAAAAGAACACAGGGAAAAAAGUGGAGAUUCUGUCCAACCAAGACGAGGAAUCAAACAGUGAAUCAGACAGAUUAGUUAUAAUACCACCAUUUCCUUUUGAAAAUGAUUGUUGCAUAGAAACAGAAGAUUUGAUGAUGUUCAGUGAUGAAAACCCAAAUGCAUGUUCAAUAAUGUAGAAGAUUCUACACUAUUUGUUGUUGAUAUGUAUUCAUUAUUACAUUUGAAAUGUAUUGAUUUGUUUAGUGAUUAAUGGAUUGGGACACUUGUGAUGCAUGUUAUGUCUUGUCCUCUUCAUAUGCUUAAUUUACGUAUUUAAACUUUCUACUAAUCUGAAAUGGCGCAAUAGAUUACUCACGGCACAAAGUGCGCCACUAAA